AUGUAUUGCUACGACGGCACCGCGUUCGAACUCAAUUUGACUGCUCUCGAGCUGGAUCAAAAAGCUAUUGAAGUUUUCCACCUCAGGCCCUACGGAACAUGCACAUGUCUUUCCACCAAAACCUCUGGAUCCAUCUUCGCAAGUCCAAAAGAACAAUGCAAAUGUAAAGGAGACAUUUACAACCCUCAUUUUACCGAUGAUGAAUACGAAUCCUCCCCGAAGAAGAAAAGGAAGGUGUCUUGUAGCAAAAGUGAAGCGUUCAUCACUCCAGACAUGCAAUUAAAAACUCAUCACUUGGCCCAAGCCAGCACUCCAUACCGUUUCGAUUCUAGUUACAACCCCGUAUCUAGGUCUUGCCUAACAGGAGAAGUCUCAAUACUUUCCAAAUACAAGGGCCCAGGAAUUACAGUAUCUAGCAUGAUCAGCCUUGUCUUCACAGUCCGCCUCAGUAAUAAUACCAUAACGUGGAUCUGGGCCGGCCUUGCACAAAACGGCCAAAAAUACAAACUCAAGUGCAAUGACAUCACUCAUAUACGGAUCUGUAGGCCUGUGUAUGAUCCGUACGAUGGUUCAUGCCAGCUUAGCUCCAUCUACAAGACUUACCGCCCUAUGUGGGAGGGGUUAGAGAUUCACCACCACGAGGGGCGUAUCGGAAUUUCUUUGGAUAUUUAA